CGGGAAUGUUUAUUGUCCUUGAAAAAAGUCUUCGACAUAUUUUAUCGGUAUAUUUCUAUUUAAUUCUUGUCUUGUACAAUUCGAGAAUGUGUGUAUUUGGCCAGUAUAUGUUGGAAUACACGGUACUGGGUGGCUAUCGAGCGGUUGCCCACUGUGAUGCAACUGCGGCCAAUUUUGGCACUGACAUUUCUACUUUCUUGUUUGGAAUGAAUUCUGUUGGUUGUGCCUUGCCAACAGAACCUCCAUUAGCUUGUUCUGAUGUUGAGAAGCCUCAUUUGAAUUCAAUAAGUCAGUGUGUUGUGGAUUUUGCCGUUGUGUCACGAGGGAAUUGUAGUUUUUCUGAAAAGGCUUAUUAUGUUCAACAAGCAAAACCUUUUGGCUAUCAAGCAUUGAUUGUAUACAACUUUAAGGGUAAAAGUCCCAAUCCAAUGUCGGGUAGCAAAUUUGCUGAACUUAUCCAAAUUCCUGUUGUUAUGGUUAAAUUUGAAUGUAUGCAAAGUUUACUUGGCCAUUACAGCGCAGAACACGGGUAUUGA